CGUGACGUUGCUCCGUGACGCAGAUUCGCCCUCCAUCACCAGUCGAGCCCACUGACAGAAAACACCACCUAGAAACGAAGCGAGCCCUCACGAUUUAUGGAAAUAUGUAGUUAGCUCGCACCGUAAACCGUAUUUCGACAACAGGUGGUUUGUUGGAGCUGCCUGAUACAUGGAAAGUUAACAUGGGUGGCCAUGAUGAUGAAGACAUGCCAUAUGUUGUAAAUAAACAAAAACAAGAUGAAGAGCUGAAGAACAAGCUGAACGACAGCAGCCACUGGUGCGACCAGGAGUCCACUGGCAACAAUGCCAAGUGGGUUAAAGAAGGCCAAAACCAGCUGCGGAAAGUAGCUGAGAACCAGCAGGACCAGGACCACAACUGCAAUAUCAGCCAGAAUGGGAACAAGGAUGACUUCCCUCAUCAGAACACCACUCAGGAAGAACAACAGGGAAACGAGGAGCAGACCAAGUCUCCCAAAAUAGCAAUGACCCCUGGUCUCAAUCAGGAGGAGUCCAAGAACAUCCUUAAUGAGCCUCUGCUCAUCGACACUCUGGAGUCUACAGAAGAGAAAGAUCAAGAGAGAGAAGAUGAUAAAGACAAGGAAAAGACAUCAGAGGAAGACGAAGAGACAUCAGGUGAUACCAGAGGAGGGAGAGUGACAGAAGACCAGAGUAAUGGGGAGUCUCACAGAGAGGGCAGUGUUGUGGGGAGAAAUGCCUGCCUCCUGUUCUCCAACCUAAAUGGGACACCAAAUGAUGAAGAGCCCAGCUGGCCUGCAGUGUCUCAGGACAACACAGCAGACAGCUCUCCAAAUGGCAAUAGAGAGUCCUUUUGGGAUUCCAGUGCCUUUGAGACAGACACAGACCUGCCUGCGGGAUGGAUGAGGGUGCGGGAUACAUCAGGCACAUACUACUGGCACAUCCCCACAGGCACCACCCAGUGGGAGCCUCCUUCACCCCUGGGUAAAGUUGGCGACUCCAUGAUGUCUUCAACGAUGUCCCUGGAGACUACGCCCUGUGAGGAGACUGAGGAAUCCUGGGCUCAUCUUUCCAGCACAGAUGAAGGAGUCGGUGAAGGGGAACUUUGGAAUGAGGAGGGAGAGGUUGCAUCUGAUCAAAGUCUGAAGGAGUUUGAAGGAGCAACUCUACGCUAUGCAUCCAUCAACCUGAAUUACAACUGCUCCCAGUCUGAGGAAGAAGAGAAGCUCGCUCCACUCAGCACAGAUAUAGAAACCAAGUGUUUUGCAGUGCGCUCCCUGGGCUGGGUGGAGAUGUCUGAGGAGGACAUGGUACCUGGCAAGAGCAGUGUUGCUGUCAACAACUGCAUCAGGCAGCUAUCUUAUCACAAACACAACCUUCAUGACACUGCUGGUAUCUGGGGAGAGGGUAAGGACAUGCUGAUGGUCCUGGAGAAUGACACUAUGAACUUGAUUGACCCCCUGGGCCAGACUCUGCUUCAUGCUCAGCCCAUUGGCAGCAUUCGGGUUUGGGGUGUCGGCAGAGACAACGGCAGGGAUUUUGCUUAUGUGGCUCGAGACAACCUGACUCAGGUUCUGAAGUGUCAUGUUUUCCGCUGUGACUCGCCCGCCAAGAACAUAGCCACCAGCCUACAUGAGAUGUGUUCAAAGAUAAUGAUGGAGAGAAAGGCGACCAAGCCAGGGGUGAGCAGGCUCAACUCUGACCCAGGUAACCCUGUGGUCGUCCCUAUUGAAGAGUUUCCUGCUCCGAAAAAUGAACUCUUCCAGCGCUUCCAUGUUUAUUACCUUGGUUGUGAGCCUGUGUCGAAGCCAGUUGGUAUGGACAUAAUCAAUGACGCACUCGAGGCAGCAGUUAACAGCAAAGAUAGAAAUGAGUGGACUCCUGUCUCAGUGAACAUCGCACCAGCCACCCUCACAAUACUUUCAAAACAGAGUGAGGAGGUGCUGUCAGAGUGCAGGGUGCGUUUCCUGUCUUUCAUGGGUGUGGGAAAGGACGUUCACACCUUCGCUUACAUCAUGGCGGAGGGUCCCCGAGAUUUCGCCUGUCACAUGUUUUGGUGCGAACCCAAUGCUGCCAGUCUGAGUGAGGCUGUACAGGCUGCCUGCAUGCUUCGUUACCAGAAAUGUUUGGAUGCCCGCCCGCCCAGCCUGGCCUCCUGCCUGCCCACUCCGCCUGCUGACUCUGUGGCUCGACGGGUCAAGAAGGGGGUGCAGAGUCUGCUGGGCAGCUUUAAGAGCUACAGGUCAGGCUCUCAGUCCCCUUGAGUCGGAGCGAAGACGCUCCACAGUCCAUUAAACACAAGGUCCAUCACCACAGCCCCUUCUCAAUGUCACUCCUCCCUCUUUCAUCCUUCUGCCACAGUUUCGCCUUACGACCGUCUCACCUGUCUAGUCUCUAGUCUAGUGUGUGGAGUAGUUUGUGGGGAAAUGUAUGUGAACAGAUUGCAUUUAUUUCCUUUUUUUUAUCUGUUACUUUAUACAACAAUUUUAAACUCCCAUCUCUAAACAGAUGAACCCCUGGCAUCUAUUAUUUUUCUUUGCUGGGAUUCUUUCUGUGAGUCUUAACUAUUUUUGUGUUUUAACAGAAACAAUGCUAUGAAUGUUGGAUAUGGAUGUAAUAUAUAUUUACAUGCAGAUGCUAGAAUUUGGUCGCUAGAUUCUCUCAGAAAUGGUUCCUUUUCUCCUCCUCGGUGCAAUCAUCAUCUCUAACGCUCCUCCUUUUCUACUUUUAAACAAGGUACUGUAACACAGUCGUCAUCAGCUGGUGUCAAGUAUCCUAAUAUUGGUUUUCUAAAACAUCAUCGCACCUCUCCUCUCCACCGUAGGUUGUAAUCGAGGCGCUGUAGGCGUCUCAGUAGUGUGCCACGUGGUUAAACGUCCCCGACCCUCCCAAACAAUGUAUUUCAGUCUUCCAAAGAACUGUAUGGUCAUCUGUCACAUAGUGAGCAACCACUGAUUUGAGUGUAGUGUGUUCCUCAUACAUUCUGCAUGAACAUUUGCAAGUUCAGUGCUAGUGUGCAAUAAUCAGAUGUUCCUGUAUGGUGUGCGGUGAUGCGACGGCUGCCUUGCCAUUUAUUUUGUUCACUUUAUUGAGAGAGUCUGGCUAGAUUUGGGUGUGAGGCUAACGGAACAACAGAGCCAUGUUGAAAAUCAUUAUCUUCAUCAUCUUGUGAUAGAAAUAAUAGUAAUAAAAAAAAAUACAAACUCUGGGUUUUCACACAGCCGUUUACCACCAACAACUACUGAAUAGUACUGUAGAAACUCACCACAAGCUGCAUGUUUUGAUAGCUUAGAGUGCUUAAGACCCAUCAAUGUAUCCUGUAAAUUCUUUCUCUGUGUUUCUGUACGGUAAGAGGAGGCUGGAGUUGAUGUGGUGUUUCGUGUUUCAUAGGCAUGUCACUCUAGUUAGUAUCAGUGUUUAUCAUAAAGCUAGCCGUAGAGAGUUAGACUUCCUGUCAGUUCCUUCAGACUGAAAAGACGAGAGCAGGUUAAUGUUUGUAUCUACAGUUUGUGUAUAUGGGAAACCUAGAGAUGAUUUCUCCAGUGGUUUACAUUUUUAUUUCUUUCCUCGGCCACAUUUUGACACGUGUGGGCCCUGGCCACUCCAGUUAAUGUAUUUUUUAUUGUUUUCCACACAUUACAAUGUACACAAUUAAGAUGAUAGUCACAAUAGUUGGUUAGAUUUACUUUUUAUAAAGAAAACACUAAUUAGCCAAGUUGUAUUUUACCUUUACGUGUCUGUCGGUGAUCAAUACUGUAUGUAGCACAAUAGUAAUAGUCAUCUCUAAUAUUAAAGAUGCAGUUUGUAAGAUUUUUUUGGUAAUGUUGACCUCUGCAGGGUAUUUGUUUGACCACGCUGAGACAGUGGUAGCGACUAAAAAGAUGUCCUCAGGCUAACUGACUCCGCUGCAUACAGAUAAAAAUAAGUCUACCAUUAUGUGUCAGAAAAUAAGAGCAAAUGUAUCACUCAAUUAAAUUACAACAAAAUAUUGUGAAAAUGAAUGUAAAGACGUGCAUAACAAAUACAGCUUUGUAUUUAAAGAACAACAUCUAUGAAACAGUCAUUUUUUAAUGGACAACAUGUCUGUGUGAGACUUAAUGUUUAAUGUUUGACUCUAACUGGUGCAUAAUGAAACAUCUCUGGUCUCAAAUAAAGCCAUUUUUAGAAUAAUUUAAGUUUGAUUUACUAGCCAUAAGCAUAGAAAUGUUCACAACUUUUAAACAUUGUAGAUGUUUUGUUUUUCAAAAAAAAAAAAAUGUAUUCAAUCUUAUUUUUAUAUUAAAAAAAAUAGUCCUUAAAUCAGUGCUAAAAUAAGCAUGGUACUUGUAAAAUAUAUAAUCCCUAAAUAUAAUUAUCCAUGUUUGAAACAUAUGGAUUGGAAUUUGAGUAUAGAGAAGCUUGACAGAUUUCCAGCUACAAAGCUCUCAUGGAGUCUGCUCUGCUGUCUGACCUUUUGUGCGACCUUACCACCCAAUUUAGAAAGUAACAGUGGUGCUUUCAAUGUCCGGCCUCUCUCAAACUUCCAUUCAUGGAUUCCUGUAGAUGUUUAAAACAUUUUAGAAGUUCUCACUAACACUAAAACUCUUACCAACUGCUUCUUUAUAUGUGUAAGAUAUCACACUAAUGAAAAUUAGACUACAGUGUCUCAUAUUACUGCCAUGUCACAUAUGUGUCACUUGAAAUUAUUUUUGCUUUUUUAAGAGUUUGCUGUGUCCAGUCAGUGGCAACACUAAAGCCAGAUGAGUUUAAGAACAUUAGCAGAUUAAUUUAUUUCUGUUCAUGUAAAUUAGGUGUAUAAAAUGUAUGUAUAUAAAAGUCACUGCACAAUAAAUGUGAACAUAUCAUAACUGCUCAUCUUGUGGU